UACCCGUGAAAAGUGUGUAGUGAGAUUUUGUAUGGUAAAAAAGUUUUUAGGACGACUAUUUUGUCAUAUUUAUACCAAUAUAAAUAACUCAUAUUUUUUUAAAUAAAAAAAUUCAAAAUCUGGUAAAUUUCAAGUUGAAUAUGAUGUUUCCCGAUCGGUUAAUAAGCAUUUUCAUAGAUGGAAGUUUAUGAUACCAAUAAAACUUUAUCAUGGUCGAAGAGGGUUACGAAGAACUUCUAAUUAGAAGACAAAUGGCUAAACAUAUAAGAAAAGAGAUUCACAGACAAAUCAAAUUGAUGCUUGAGAAGAAAAUUCGGGAGUUAUUCGGGGAUAUGGAGGAUGAAAUGGAAGGGUUGCAAGACUCCAGCGAAGAGAACCAACAAGCCAGACCCGACUCGGGGGUAACAGACAUCGACAACUUCGAAGCACCCAUGGAAGAAACGCCCCUAUUCUUAAAUAGCAUCGACACCCUAAACGAGCCCUCGCAAUCCAGAGCCUCUCCAUUGAUAAACUCUUUGGAACACACCGCGGAUUCUCUAAUAGAUAUGCGCAUGGAAAGGAUGAGGCGAGCUAAAAAGAUGCAAGAAAGACGCAGAUUGCUUACUCUACCCGAUUCUUCUGAAGCAGACGAUAACAAUAACAACGAGGUCACUAUUGGACGGGGAGAUAGAAGCCGCGCCGACUUGUAUUGCUGUUACGCGUUGUAUUUAUUUUUGGUUGCGGUGGUGUUUUGGUUUGCGAUUUUUUAUGCGUGGAUGCCUCUGAUUGUUAAUGCGAUUGAAAAAAGAAAAUCUUAAGUUCUUGUGGUAAUGAAACUAUUACUUUAAUGUAUAUAA